GUUCUGCCCCCUCUGCCCUCUGCCCUCUUCCGUCUUCCACUCUCCUCUUCUCCACCGGAAUGCUCUCUUUUUCACUUUAUGCCUCCUGCCCAGUCGGUGUACCACACGCAGCUCCUUGGAUCCCGGUGGCUACACGCCCCACCGCAAACCCAUCAUCCAUGGUCCUGUCGCUCUUUUCCGAAGAGCCCCGAUCGCAUCUGAUUCAUCGUUAUCGGAUCGCAUCUGAUUAUACAAUAGCCUUGUCUCCAGAGAAAAAGAAAGUAUACAUACCCAAGUAAAUCAUAGAGGAGAACCCAAGAUAAUCGUUAUCGGAUCACAUCUGAUUCCUUCUUUUGUCGUAGUGAGCGUCUCUGAGCUCCUAAACCGCAGGAACCGUAGCCACAACUUCCAUUAAAAGACAGAUAUGCAGGGGACUGUGUUAACUCCUGCUUUGAAAGGAUUGAAGCAUGUGAAGUCUGAGGAAGGUGAAUUGCUGUCCAAGCCUUUCUUGGAGGUCUGCAAGCAGAUACUACCUGUUAUAGAUAAGUUCGGAGGUGCAAUGGCUCUUGUUAAAACUGAUAUUGGUGGAAACAUAUCGAGAUUGGAAUCUAAAUAUUCUUCAAAUCCAUCGGAAUUCAACCACUUGUAUAGCAUCGUGAGAGCAGAUAUUGCAGCAAAAGGAUACAGUUGCGUCGGUGCUCUUCUUUGGUUGACAAGAGCAAUGGAUUUCUUGGUGCAAUUAUUUCGCAACUUACUCCAGCAUAAGGAUUGGGCAAUGUCACAGGCCUGUUCCGACGCCUACGGCAAGACCCUGAAGAAAUGGCAUGGCUGGCUUGCUCGCUCAAGUUUCUCUUUUGCCAUGAUGCUUGCUCCUGAUAGAAAGAAGUUCAUGGAGGUUAUAGGGGGCAGUGGAGACAUUUAUGCUGACAUAGGAAAAUUCUGCACAACCUUUUCCCCUCUUCUUGAAGAGAAUCACAAGUUUCUGGCUAGUGUUGGCUUUUGAUGAUCUGAAGGCUUCAUGAGGAAAAUGUCUCCUGAUGAGUGGCGUCUACUUCAAGUUACUCUGUUUUGUUCGCCUUGUUUCUCUUUUAUUUUUGGGUAUUGGAUAAUUUACUUGGGCUUCUAAAGUAUGAGUACUCAUAAAUUAUAAGUUGCUUCAA